AUGUCGGGCGUCGCUGCAAAUACAAUAAGAAACCCUAGCUUCUUCCAUUUGUCUUCGAAUUCUAGGACUCUCUUCAAUAAUAAUUACGGAAAUGGAGCAGGAGGAGGUUUUGUUAACAAUCGCGUUACCUUCUCUUCUUCUCACUUCGCUCGCGCUGUUUCGCUUCGAUGUUUCUAUUCUUCAACUGCCUUUGAUCGGGUUCAAGUUCAAAAUCCUAUCGUUGAAAUGGACGGUGAUGAAAUGGCAAGGAUAAUUUGGAAAAUGAUAAAAGACAAGCUUAUAUAUCCUUAUCUGGAUUUGGAUAUUAAGUAUUUUGAUUUGGGGAUAUUGAAUCGUGAUGCUACUGAUGAUAAGGUCACUGUAGAAAGUGCUCUCGCGGCUCUCGAGCACAAUGCUGCUGUUAAAUGUGCUACAAUAACUCCUGAUGAGGCUAGAGUUAAAGAAUUUGGCCUGAAGUCUAUGUGGAGGAGUCCUAAUGGCACCAUUAGAAACAUCUUAAAUGGCACUGUUUUCCGCGAGCCUAUCCUUUGCCGAAACAUUCCAAGAAUUGUCCCUGGUUGGAAGAAACCCAUAUGCGUUGGCAGGCAUGCCUUUGGUGAUCAAUAUCGCGCCACAGAUACAAUCAUUAAAGGGCCAGGAAAGCUUAAAAUGGUUUUCGUCCCAGAAGAUGGUGAAGCCCCAGUGGAUCUUGAUGUUUAUAAUUUCAAAGGCCCGGGCAUAGCACUUGCUAUGUAUAAUGUUGAUGAGUCUAUUCGAAACUUUGCGGAGUCAUCAAUGUCAUUCGCAUUUGCAAAGAAGUGGCCUCUUUAUUUGAGCACCAAAAACACAAUUCUGAAGAAAUAUGAUGGCAGGUUUAAGGACAUAUUCCAGGAGGUAUAUGAAGAAAAGUGGAAGCAUAAGUUUGAAGAACAUUCAAUAUGGUAUGAGCAUCGGCUAAUUGAUGAUAUGGUGGCUUAUGCAUUAAAAAGUGAGGGUGGAUAUGUCUGGGCUUGCAAAAAUUAUGAUGGAGAUGUCCAAAGUGAUUUGCUUGCUCAAGGAUUUGGCUCACUGGGCCUCAUGACCUCUGUGUUGUUAUCAUCUGAUGGAAAGACUCUGGAAGCUGAGGCAGCUCACGGGACUGUAACUCGGCAUUUCCGGUUGCAUCAAAAAGGACAGGAAACCAGCACAAAUAGUAUUGCUUCAAUAUUUGCAUGGACCCGAGGGUUAGAGCAUAGGGCCAAGCUGGACAACAAUGAGAGGUUGCAUGAUUUUGUUCACAAGUUGGAGGCAUCAUGCAUUGGGACUGUCGAGGCAGGAAAAAUGACCAAGGAUCUUGCCAUUUUGACCCAUGGCCCUAGGGUAUCAAGGGAAUUUUAUCUUAACACUGAAGAAUUUAUCGAUGCUGUUGCACAAGAUCUAGAAACAAAGCUUCGGGAGCCUGCUGCUGAGCCAGUCAAGGAAGGGCAAAAGUUCGUGCCUUUCGCUGGUCUUUCUAGACUUUUGGAUGAGAAACAUGAUACAGAGUUAGCUCUACCUGAUUCAGGUUCUGUUAAAGAAGAGAACCAAACAAUUAAAUCAGCUCUAAGCUUGGCUACUGAAUCAGAGAUCAAGUCUCGUAAACGUCCAGCAGAGGUGGUGUUUGGUUCUGUUGCACCUGGAAAGAAAUCGAAAGAGUUCAAAAUAGAGGAUGUUAAAGCUGAAACUUCGAAGAAAGAACAAUUCCAACCAUUCACAGGGAAUGUAUACUCUUUGGACGGCUGA